AUGGAUGCUAUUAAAGGAGAAAGCGGCGGACUCUUCAGGUUGACAGAAGGUUCAUGGAGCGACACAAUGUGUAAUUGGUCACCAGAUGGUGAAUGGAUUGUGUUUUCUUCAGAUCGAGAAGAUCCGGGUUCAGGAAGUUUUGAGUUGUUUCUGAUCCAUCCUAAUGGAGCUGGAUUAAAGAGAUUGUUUCAGAGUGGAUUGGGUGGAAAAAUUAAUCAUCCUUAUUUUAGUCCAGAUGGGAAGAGUUUAGUAUUUGCUACAGAUUAUGCCGGAAUAUCUGCGGAACCCAUUUCCAACCCACAAAAUCCUCAACCUUACGGCGAAGUUUACACUAUGAAAUUGGAUGGGUCUGAGUUAAAACGGCUGACUCAUAACUCAUUUGAAAAUGGAAGUCCUUCGUGGGGUCCUAUGUAUAUCAAACCUCAAGAUUUGGCAUGGCUAGACGGUGGACCCAGACCCGAAUGUUCAUUUGGAGAUGGAAUUUGGACAUGA